GACGCGGGGGCUCCAACUCAUCGACCGUGGGAUCAUGACCUGAGCCCGAGUCGGACGCCUAACUCAGGAAAUGGUUUCGUUAGUACGAAGGCUGCAGCCCCUGCUCCUUCCACCGCAACUCCCACCCAUUUCCCUUCCGCCAAGAGAACUAGAAGGUGAACUUGGGGAGGUGUAGACCUCCAGGUGUGGGGCCAUGUUCCAGGGAGAGCAGUACUCGCGAGCAGUACUCAUCUGGAGGUGCGCUGUGUACUGUGCUGUACUGGGGAGGGUUGUCAGGAGUCCCUAGGGGUUCGCGGUGGGGGCACCCAGGAGCCAUAGGAACCAGGGUCCCAAUGAAGUCCUCACAAUCAUUCCGUCCGCCGCCCUUCACAAAACGGGUCUCCAGGCCGUAGGGUGAAAGUGGCCCAAGUUCCGAGAUGCUCCCUCUAGUGUCUUGUACGCUCACAGCUUUUCUCCCCCCGACCUUGUAGACGCCGGGCGAUCUAAGGCCAUCCACUUGAGUAAGUCUAAGGAGCUACCAAUCAAGUCCCGCCCGCCUCUGCAGUGCCUGGGUUGGAGCCCCCUGGACCUGCGUCUGCCACUCCUUCGCUUCCUCCUCUCCCAUUGGCCGCGGGGAGAGGGAGGCAGCUUUUUUUUUUUUUUUAUCGAUUGGGCGGGGCCCAAUCAAGGGAGGGUCGGUCGGAUCUUUGAUGUCUUUUUUUUGCCCGAUUCCAAGAUGGCGUGGAUGACCACGCUGGGAAUUCAGCGUGAAGCCGCAGUUCUGCCAUCACUCAAGAUGGCUGCCCCCAUCAAGAUGACCGGGGUGUGCCGGGGGAAAGGAGGCAGCAGGAUAGUCUGAGACGGUAAGAGCUACUGCUUCAUUGCAAGCCUCGCCUUGGGGCCUAGGAAUGGAGAGCAGAAAGACUGGGAAGCUGGGUGAGGUCUGUGUGGGAGCUAGGGUUAGAGAAUGGGGGAGGGGAGGGGGUGACAGGUGGGGGUGAAGGAUCAAAGAUGGGACGGGAGUGUGGGGGUGUCUGGGGUUCAGUCUCCCCACCGGUGCCCUCUCCCCACUCUUCCUGUUCCAGGUGUAGCGUCGGACCAUGUGGAAGUUUCUGGGACUGGGGAGUCGGAUGAUGGGGGGUGGGGCCCGUGGGGGGUAGAGGGAGCAAUAGCGUCCUUUCUCAGGCUAACCCCGGCCCCUCCCCUGUCCUCUGGACUGAAAUGGGGAACACACUGGGCCUGGCACCGAUGGGGGCUUUGCCCCGCCGGAGCCCCCGGCGAGAGGAACCUCUGCCCAACCCUGGGAGCUUCGAUGAGCUGCACCGGCUAUGCAAAGAUGUGUUCCCAGCACAGAUGGAGGGAGUGAAGCUCGUUGUCAACAAGGUUCUGAGCAGCCAUUUCCAGGUGGCUCACACCGUGCAUAUGAGUGCUCUGGGCUUGCCAGGCUAUCACCUCCACGCGGCCUACGCGGGGGACUGGCAACUUAGCCCCACAGAGGUGUUCCCCACCGUGGUAGGGGAUAUGGACAGCAGCGGCAGCCUCAACGCCCAGGUCCUGCUCCUCCUGGCAGAGCGGCUCCGAGCCAAGGCUGUCUUCCAGACGCAGCAGGCCAAGUUCCUGACGUGGCAGUUCGAUGGCGAGUAUCGAGGAGAUGAUUACACAGCUACUCUGACCCUGGGGAACCCUGACCUGAUUGGGGAGUCGGUGAUCAUGGUCGCUCACUUCCUGCAGAGCCUCACCCAUCGGCUGGUGCUGGGAGGAGAGUUAGUUUAUCACCGGCGGCCAGGCGAAGAGGGGGCCAUCUUGACCCUGGCUGGGAAGUACUCGGCCCUGCACUGGGUGGCCACGUUGAAUGUGGGAUCAGGUGGGGCCCAUGCAAGUUAUUACCACAGGGCCAACGAACAGGUUCAGGUCGGGGUGGAGUUUGAGGCAAACACGAGGCUACAAGACACAACCUUCUCCUUUGGUUACCACCUGACUCUGCCCCAGGCCAACAUGAUGUUUAGAGGCUUGGUGGACAGUAACUGGUGUGUGGGUGCCGUGCUGGAGAAGAAGAUGCCCCCCUUGCCUGUCACCCUAGCCCUCGGAGCCUUCCUCAACCACUGGCGCAACAGGUUCCAUUGUGGGUUCAGCAUCACUGUGGGCUGAGGUUGUCCCAGAGCCGGCACCCGCUGAAGCUGGAGCCUCCGAGUCAGGUGCCCGAGGGCCAGAGACUAGGCCCCUCUCCAGAGCCCACCCUGCCGGGUGACCUCUAGGUCCCAGGACCAGAGUGGGGGACAGGGCCGUGCCCUCCUCAGAACUGGGGCUGCCGCAGGGGCGGCUGCCGAGGGGCUGGCGUGAGGCUCCGACCUCUGCCACCAGCCCCCCCCCCCCCCCCCCCGGCGUCCUCUUCCCGUGCUCUUGUGGCUCUGGACCGAGGGAGAAGGAUUAGGGGGUCUGUCUGGCUGACUUCUCUCCCCACACCCCCCCCCCCCCCCAUCUCCCUGUCGAUUAAAGCUCCCAGUGUCUUCCUCUUCAGAGCAGAAAAGUCUGCAUGGGAUCAGCUCCCCGUCCUGUUUUCCAUCCCAGAGUCUCCCGAGGGCUGAAGGGCUAAAUCUUUGCCCUGGGAAAGUGGCCCCCCCCCCCCCCACUUCCCGGAAGGCGCUUCUUUACCUCUUCGCCCCGAGGCUCCCUCCUUCCUCAUUUUCUGUGCUUCCGGAGAACAACUCUGUCCCCGUGGUCAUCCCCCACGGCCCCCAAGACUGCAUGAAGAGGCAGUUAUUGCUUUGGUCUUUCAUUGCAACCACUGGGCUCCCUUUCUACCGGUCCCAACCUCUGGCCCCAGUAUUUCCCCCUUCCCCAGUCCCGUGUGUCCACAUGGGCUGGGGCCUCAGCUGCAGAUCUCCUGGAGCAGUGGCGUCAUGGCGGCCAGCCCCCGGAUGUGCCGGAUUUGGUAGCCAAAGGCGUUGUUAAUGCUCCGGAGCUCGGCCAACAGGCCCAGCAGCUUCGCAUACAGAAACCUUUGGAGGAAGCGGUGGGGUCACCAGGGAAAGAGGAGGAAAAUAAGGUAGCUGAGAGUCUUGCCCUGACGUCCUGAGCCCCUGAACCGUCCCUCGGCGAAGCUAGGUCUGACCCCUAGAGAAAAUCACGCUCUGGUAGGACAAAUUUAUCCAGAAUUCCAAAAGGUCCCCGAGGGGGUCCUCUGACACUUUCCUCUCUCACCAUGCCGUAUUUCUUGAACCCAGAGGUCUGAGGGCCAAGUGUGAAGAAAGCCCCAGAUGUGGCCAGGACGUCACCUGUGUGGAGUCUGUGGAUCGGGUCUUCUAGAGCAGGUUCUAGAAGGUGGGUGCGUCCUGUGGUGUAAAGCAUCCCUCUCCUGGCCAAACCGGCUCAUUGAGGAACAGCCGAGAACAAGGGGAGUGUCCCUCAGAGCCUGAGUAGAUCACGGACUUUUGGGCCAGGGGACCGGCCUGGGCCAUGAAACUGAACGACCCUGACUUCAAGGGGGAAUGAAUGAAACAUUAAUGGGCCCAACGGAGAGAAGGGGAAGGGCCAAGGAAAGAGAGCGAACGAGAGACUUGGCCGGCUGCUUGAGCCUGGAGAGUGGACGGGUGAGAGAGUGGAUGUCAUCAAUCUCAGGAAUGCUGUUAUACAGAGCCUGCCAGCUCCUACUUUGCAUCUCUACCGAAUAAAAAAAAAAAAAAUCUGGAAAAAAUCAGGUGAAACGCCCGGAGGAGCACUUUGGACGCCAGAACUACACGAGGCACGAGGGAAGGACUCGAGCCCCCGAGGGACCCGGUUUCCCAGAGGAAGGGACAGUAAAGCAUUCCCCCUGA